AUGUUGCAAUCCGUUAAGAAGACGUUCGCAGGGGGUCGGAAGAAAACAGGAAAUAAAGCCGAGCACCACGAUAGCGCCGCCGGUGCCGCCCCGCACCACGGGCACGCGCCGCCCCCCGCCGGUCCCGCCGGGGGACCAGCGUCCCGGACCGCUUCAGGAGGAAAGGCUCCCGGGGCCAAUGCCGCGAAAGGCGCCGCGCCUGCCGCUGGCGCGGCUCUCCGAACGAGCAGCUUCAACAAGGACAAGCCAGACGCUGUAGCGAUUCCCGCUGUACCGAAUCCGAAUGUGUCGCCGUUCGCCGAGCCGCUCCCGCUUUUCCGGGACGUGGCGGCUCCGGAAAAGCAGGCACUGUUCAUCCGCAAGCUCGCGCUCUGCUGCCACACGUUCGACUUCGCGGACCCGCUUAAGAACAUGAAGGAGAAGGAGAUUAAGCGGCAGACGCUCUUAGAACUAGUCGAGUAUGUCAAUUCCGGCACGGGGAAGUUCAGCGAGGCCGUGUUUGAGGAUAUCGUGCGGAUGCUCCGGGCGAAUCUGUUCCGCGCGCUCCCCCCCUCCGCGCACGAGAACACGGGGUCGGAGGGAUUCGAUCCGGAGGAGGAAGAGCCGAAUAUGGAGCUCGCGUGGCCGCAUUUGCAGAUCGUGUACGAGUUCCUGCUGCGCUUCGUAGUUAGUAACGAGACUGACGCUAAAGUGGCGAAACGGUACCUGGACCAGCCGUUUGUCCUGAAGCUGCUAGAUUUGUUCAACUCCGAGGAUCCGCGCGAGCGCGACUAUUUAAAGACCAUUCUGCACCGGAUAUACGGCAAGUUCAUGGUCCACCGGCCGUUUAUCCGCAAGUCGAUUAACUACAUCUUCUACCGUUUUAUCUACGAGACGGAGCGGCACAACGGGAUCGCGGAGCUGUUAGAGAUCCUCGGCAGCAUAAUCAACGGGUUCGCGCUGCCUCUUAAAGAGGAGCACAAGAUGUUCCUGGUCCGCGCGUUAAUCCCGCUGCACAAGCCCAAGUGCGUGUCGAUAUACCACCAGCAGCUGUCGUACUGCAUCACGCAGUUUGUCGAGAAGGAUCCGUCGCUUGCUGACGUGGUGCUGCGCGGGCUGCUGAAGUACUGGCCCUUAACUAACAGCCAGAAGGAGGUGCUGUUCCUGGGCGAGCUGGAGGAGAUUCUGGAGCUCACGCAGGGCGCGGAGUUCCAGCAGGUCGUCGCGCCGCUGUUUCUGCGCAUCGCACGCUGCCUCAACAGCUCGCAUUUUCAGGUGAGCCAAGGAAACUCGCACUUCCAGGGCGCGGAGUUCCUUCCAGCAGGUCGUCGCGCCGCUGGAACUCCGCAGCGCGCAAUGCGCAGAAACAGCGGCCUGCUGGAACUCCUGUUUCUGCGCAUUGCGCGCCGCCUCAACCGACAGCUCGCAUUUUCAGGUGAGGAAAAACAAAUGGAGGAAAACGAAGGGAAGGGGGUGCGGGUUGGGGGAAAGGCCUUCCAG